UAGACAAAUGAGUAAUCUCAUUAAACAUCAGAGAAUCCAUACUGGAGAGAAACCUUAUGAAUGUAACCAAUGUGGAAAGGCUUUUAGAGACAAGAGAGGUGUUACUGGACAUCAGAAAAGACACACUGGAGAGAAGCCUUAUGAAUGUAACCAGUGUGGAAAGGCUUUUACAGAAAAAGGAACUCUUAUUAGACAUCAAAGAAUCCACACUGGAGAGAAACCUUAUGAAUGACCAGUGUAGAAAGGCCUUUAGAGACAAGGGAUCUCUUACUGUACAUGAAAGAAUCCACAGUGGAGAGAAACCUUAUGAAUGUAACCAGUGUAGAAAAGCCUUUAGAGACAAGGGAGCUCUUACUUUCCAUCAGAGAAUCCACACUGGAGAGAAGCCUUAUGAAUGUAACCAAUGUGGAAAGGCUUUUAGAGACAAGAGAGGUGUUACUGGACAUCAGAAAAGACACACUGGAGAGAAGCCUUAUGAAUGUAACCAGUGUGGAAAGGCUUUUACAGAAAAAGGAACUCUUAUUAGACAUCAAAGAAUCCACACUGGAGAGAAACCUUAUGAAUGUAACCAGUGUAGAAAGGCCUUUAGAGACAAGGGAUCUCUUACUGUACAUGAAAGAAUCCACAGUGGAGAGAAACCUUAUGAAUGUAACCAGUGUAGAAAAGCCUUUAGAGACAAGGGAGCUCUUACUAUACAUGAGAGAAUCCAUACUGGAGAGAAGCCUUAUGAAUGUAACCAGUGUGGAAAAACUUUUAGAAAAAAGGCAUCUCUUACUUUCCAUCAGAGAAUCCACACUGGAGAGAAGCCUUAUGAAUGUAACCAGUGUGGAAAAACUUUUAGAAAAAAGGCAUCUCUUACUUUCCAUCAGACAAUCCACACUGGAGAGAAGCCUUAUGAAUGUAACCAAUGUAGAAAAGCCUUUAGAGACAAGAGAUCUCUUAAAAGACAUCAGAGAAUUCACACCGGAAUUAUGAAUGUAAUAAAUGUAUAAAGUCAUUUGGAAGCAAGGGACAUCUUACUAGACAUCAAAUAAUGCACACUGUAGAGAAGCCUUAGUAAUGUAACCAGUGUGGAAAGGCUUUUAGACAUAAAUCUUGUCUUGCUGACCAUGAGUACCCACACUUAAGAGAAACUUUAUGACUGCAAUUAAUGUUGGAAAAAUUUGGAAAUAGAGGAUUUCUUACUAGAUAUCAAAGAACCCAAACUGGAGAGAAACCUUCUCAAUGUAACCAAUGUGGAAAGGCUUUUGUGGGAAACCUGGGACACUAAUGUAUUGUUAGGAGACUUGUAAACAGAUCCGACCAUUCUGCCGAGCAAUGUGGAAAUAUGGCCAAAGGGUAAUCAAGAGGUGCAUAGCCUUUGAACUAGCAAUGUUUCUACUGGGCUUAUUUGCCAAAGGAGGGAAAAGGACCCACAUGUGCAGACAUGUUUCUGCAGCCCUGUUUGUACUGGGAAGAAACUGGAAACUGACUGGAUGCCCAUCAGCUGGGAAAUGCUGAAUAAGUCAUAGCACAUUGAUGUUGUGGAAUAUUAUUGUUCUAUAAGGAAUGAUCAGCAGGAUGAUUCCA